ACUUACUUAAUAGUUCUUCUCAAACGUAUCGCUAAUUUCAAUUAUUGUGCUUCUAUCGUCCGCAAAACGUUCCAACGGUUUUGUCCCUGGGUGCUUUACUUUGAAAAUCCAGCCACCGAGAGCACUAUAUAUCAGUAGGAGGACUGGCUUUACAGCGGUCACACGGCACAUCAGCUGUACAAGCGAGAGGAAUACUGACCCAAUUUACUGUACCGGGGAUAACAACAGCGACGACACAAUACUUCACAGCGACCGACCGAAGUGAAAGCCUGUGCCAUUUUCCGCUACUAAGCCAGUAGAAACGUUGCGUGGGACUUGGUGUAAUUAUAGAGAAAGCUCCACCAACCUGUCUGCCUAGAAACCGAUGCCACUACUGACUGCUGCGACUGAGAGAGAGAGGAAGAGGAGGAACAGCCAAAGACAGACAGAACUUGUCCUCCCUAAGUAAAAGGGGGUUCUUGGUCACAGAGAUCAUUGUUCUGCAGAAGCUUCUCAAGGGAAAAUUAGCCAUUAAAGUCUCUAAUGGCUGAGCUGUCAUCAGCCCAGGUGACUGAGUGCACCUGAGCGUUGCUGCUGCUCUGCAUACGCAAAGUCACCGCCAGCGGCUCUGCAGUUAUUGCACGGGGGGAAAAAAAGGAAAUCCACACUGCUGUGACUUUAGUAAGGAAGGAAAAAACGGGACUGAGUCAAUCAGAUUUUUUUUUGUCUGGAUUAUUUUUACCUGGAGAUAUUUUUCAUAAAGUUUAUUUUGGUGGCUUACCUGGGAGAGAAAAACAAGUGCAGGAGAACAAAUGACUGUUUGUGGAUUUGGGACUGUCUGAGCUGAGCUGCUUAGGCUCAAGCAGCCACAUUCAGGAAUGCAGAUUCCCAUAUGGAAGAAGACCAUAAAGCAUAGUGUUUGAGCAGCUGAGCCUGUGAAGGCCCCAGACGUGGCAAGGCAAUGUUGGAUCUCUUCCUCAGAGUGCUGGUGUUGACCCAUCUUCACCCAUCACCUCACAGCACCUUGCUGCCAACCUAAGUCGUAACUCCCUCUCUCUUCCUGCAAAUCUUACUUCCAUCCCCCUGGCCAGGAGAAAGGUCUUUGGUCUUGAAGGAAAAUGCCCUAUGCACACCACAAGCUGCUCACCCGGAGCUUACCUCACCUCCUCCUCAUACCGCUGACGUACCUCUGGCUCUUGGCUCCUACCACAGGUGUGUCAGCAGAUCUCUGCCGGGUGACCGGCGGGGUGCUGGGGAUCCACUGGAACAGCGUCAUCAGCCUGGGUUGGCACCCUCUGGCAGAAGGGAGAGGUGGGGCAACAUGUUGGGAGUCCUGCUGCUUAAAGCCAAGCUGCAAUGCUGUGUGGAGCCUCGGCGGACGCUGUGUGCUUCUCAGCUGCUCCCAGAAGAGGGGCUGCCACAUCUCCUCCCUGCCCCAGCAGCUGAAGGAGUCCCCCGGCCUCCUUCAGCUGCUCUCCAAGGGUCCCACCACGGCAAGACGUAGAAAAGCACGUCAUGCACAGCAUACAGGAAGCCACAGACCGUACACAGGAUAUCUUACCAGCACGGAAAGUCUCAAACUGGAAUUAGCUCAUCCAACUCCAACUGUACCCAGGGCCGUCACACUUCUUCAGACAGCCCAAAAGAACCUUAGCCAGUUAACCAAUGGGAGUUCAGACACCGCUCCAGCUCCAUCACCACAAAACUCAACGGUGGGCAACACUGUUGAUACUCCUGCGUCUUCCAAUAGCAGUGAUGUCAGCUCACCCGCAGCAACUGAAACUGCCAUCCCAACUCCAACACAGGCUGUGAGGGAGCUGGUGGUGUCAGCAGGACAGAGUGUGGAGGUUACACUUCCCCGCAGCGAGGUUGAACUCAAUGCCUUUGUGGUCCCAACACCCCCACCAGGGAUAAACUAUGCAUUUGACUGGCGUCUUAUAACACAUCCCAAAGAUUACAGUGGGGAGAUGGAAGGAAAGCACAGCAAGACACUUAAACUCAGCAAGCUGACUGUGGGCCUGUAUGAGUUUGAGGUGACAGUGGACGGGGAGGGGGCUCAUGGAGAAGGUUACGUCAAUGUCACAGUCAAACCAGAACCGCGGGUAAACAAGCCUCCUGUUGCUAUAGUUUCCCCAAAGUUCCAGGAGAUCUCCUUGCCAACCAGCUCUACAGUGAUAGAUGGCAGCCGUGAGUCUCCACGUGACACACAGACACACACACAUGCACACACCCAGGUCAUCCAGUUGCCACGCAACUCCAUCACUCUGUAUGGCAACCAAAGCACCGAUGACCAUGAUCCCCUGUCUUAUGAGUGGUCCCUCAGCCCUGAGAGCAAAGACAAAGUGGUGGAGAUGCAGGGCGUACGGACACAGAUCCUGCAGUUGUCGGCAAUGCAGGAGGGAGACUACACCUUCCAGCUGACUGUGACAGACUCAGCUGGACAGCAGGACACUGCCCACGUCACGGUCAUUGUGCAGCCAGAAAACAAUAAACCACCAGUAGCAGAUGCAGGACCAGAAAAAGAGCUUACGCUGCCAGUUGACCGAACCACACUGGACGGUAGUAAGAGCAGCGAUGACCAGAAGAUUGCCACCUACCACUGGAAACAAACCAGCGGUCCUGGUGAUGUGAAGAUUGAAAAUGUAGACAGCGCUGUUGCCACAGUGACAGGCCUGGCAGUCGGCAGGUACGAGUUUACCCUGACAGUAACUGAUGAGAGGAAGCUGCAGAGCACCGACACUGUCACGGUCAUCGUCAGAGAAGAACUGGACCAGCCGCCACUGGCUCAUGUUGUGUCGAGUCCACCCAUCGCUCUGCCCGUCAGGACCGCCACUCUGGAUGGAUCUCACUCAACUGAUGACAAAGGUGGAGUCAGCUAUCUGUGGACCAGGGACGACAGCAGCCCUGCCGCCGGGGAUGUACUGAACAACUCUGACCACCAGGCAGUGCUGUUUCUGGGGAACUUGGUGGAGGGGAAGUACAGCUUCAGCCUGACUGUAACUGACAGUAAAGGACAGACGAGCAGUGACAGGGGAACAGUGGAGGUCAAACCUGACUUAUGGGAGCUCGACCUGGUGGAGCUGGUGUUGGAGGUCUCUGUAUCCCAGGUCUCCCACCGUCAGCGUGACAUGCUGCUGCGCCAGGUCGGGGUUUUACUGGGCGUGCUUGACAGCGACAUCAUUGUGCGGGAGAUUAGCGCGUUUAAUGAGCACAGUACUCGUUUGGUCUUCCUGGUGUCAGGUGGUCCGGGGCGCCCUCCUCUGUCUGGCCACAGUGUUGCACUUGGCCUACGCAACAAACUGCGCAAACAGAAAAAUGACUUUCUCAUCUACAAGGCCCGACGUGUGGAUACAGUUAUCUGCCAGAUAAACUGCUCCAACCACGGCGAGUGUGACUCGUUCACACGGCGAUGCGUCUGUCACCCUUUCUGGAUGGAGAACUUCAUCAGAGCUCAGCUUGGAGACGCAGAGAGCAACUGUGAGUGGAGCAUACUCUAUGUGACCAUUGCAUCCUUUAUGAUUGUGGUUGCUAUAGCAACCGUUGUCUGGGGGAUGGUGUGUUGCUGCAACAGGCGAAAGAGCAAAGUGCGCAGAAGCAAAAGCCGAUAUAAGAUACUUGAAGCUGACGAGCAAGACAGUCUGGAGCUUCAACCACCAAGAACUGCUCGUAUGAAGCCAGUACCCGCUCCCACCUCUUCCGCUCUCAUGCACUCAGACUCUGACCUUGAGAGUGAUGACGGUCAGGGUGGGGUCCCGUGGACGGAGCAGGAGCGUGGGCACCUCCUGCGGCCCCAGAACGGCUCCCUGAGAAACGGCCAGGGGCCAGCCAGGGGCAAGAAGCAAAGAGAAGAGCUGCUAUAGCAGGAGAGGAGGGGGGAGCUUGCUGCUGCCCUCACACACCCCUCCUCUAGCUGUCACACCCCUCUGUUCCUCACUCUUUCUUUCUCUUUUGUUGUUCUUCAACACAAAAACCUCACACCUCUCAUCCAUGAAGACAGACUGUGAUACCUGGAUUUAAUAAGAGGGAGAGAGGAAAAACAUGCUGGAAACAUGUUGUACCACUGUCAUAGAAAAAAUACCACUAUACUGGAGUUUCCCUGAUCCCACACUGAGCCAAUUUGGAGGGAAAAAAAAAUACAAUUUCACUGAGAAUUAUGAGUGAGCACUGUGUUUUGAAUAGUGUAAAAAUAUAACAUAGAUCCCUAUUAUUUACACAGAGACAAAAAGAAUGUACUGUUACCCCUCUUACUAAUGGCACACGUUAGUCAGAGACUGUGGGAGAGAAGACUAACCUGAGUGACACUUGACUUCCUGGAUUUAAAAAAAACUCUGCUUUAAUGACACGAAAACCAGCCACUAGACACGCUCACAUCUUGCCUCUUGUAGACACGCAUGUACGCACACACAGACACUUCAUAUUCACACUGUUCCGGGUCAACCUGAUGCUACCAAACACUGCCAUGUUAAAACCGAUGGUUAUCUCUGCUCUGAGGAUUUUGUUCAUGACUCAUCUGAAGGAAAUACACAACCAAAACAGCUAGCAACAGCUAUGGAUAUUCCUCCAAAACAAAACAAAAAAAAAAACAAAAAAAAAAAAAAAUGUGCAUGAAGAGUCAGAUUGCAGUUCUGAUACAACACGAUACUGGAAUGACCGCCUGCACGUUUGUGUGUUGGGUGUAUGUGUGAAUUUUUCCGGCUGCUGUGCAAAAACAUGUUUUUUCAGAGCAGUUUUUAUGUUUUUAUGUCUGUUAUUAACCCAUGGAAGAGUCCCUGUGUUGUCAGUUAUGGCGGUCAGAGGCAGAAGAGCUUUUAAAAAAGCAGCACGCUUUUAUUCUGAAGAUUUCUCUGUGGACUAAAUCGCUGGAACACAGACACACUGGAGUACACAACAUUAAUUAGUUUGGUCUCAACGGGGAAGAUAAUGAGGAGGAAGAUGAAGUUCACAACACAACAAACGGGAUUGUCAGGACACUGCUUCCUCCUCAAUACACAUUAAUGUAACGACUGCUUGAACCGUGAAGACCACUUAGUUUUUUGUUUGUGUUUUUUUUUCUUUCUUUUUUUUCUUUUUGAUUUUAAUACAAACAACCUUUACGCUGUGUUUAGGUGUCAGUGCACUUUGAUUUCAUUUCUGUCAGCUUCAGUCUCAUUUUGCCUCGUUGGUUGAAAAAGGGCGAUAUGUGAUGGUUAAAGUUAGAAGUUCAGCCAUAAACACAGGACGUUGCUGCAUCCAGUAGAAGUAGAAAAAACUUAAUAUCCUUGACGGUAAAGAUGAAAAGAGAGAGAUAUUUUUAGCAAAAACCUGGAUGCAGCUUAUGUCCAGAGGCACCUCAGUAAUCGCUACAUACCUGUAAAAUUAAUGUAUGGCAAAGUGGGACUUCAGCAGUCCCUAUGCAGUUUCAGCAAACAGUUCUAGUCUGUUUGGCUCCAAAUAGGAUGAGCACAUUUAUCUUUGCUUUCCUUUUUGCAAAUAUUCAGUUAGUUUAACUUGGGGGUCAAAAAAACUAAGCAAAAAAAACACAAGGAAAUCUGUAUCAGUGACUAUGAUCAAGACAAAAAUUCAAAAUUAAAAAAGGCAUCACUAAACUUCAAUUUGUGAUAAAUUUGCGUUGUGUGUCCAGAACGACCUCAAACUGUACUAAAUCCUCAGAGCAAAUUGAUUUCUUCUCAAAAAAUAGGAUAGGGUCAGUGGAUUAAUCUGAGGAAUGUUUGCCCCCUCUGACAGGAGAUUGCCAUAGAUAUACCAGUAACAGGACAUAGUAGGAAGAAUGUAAAAACAAAGAAGAGAAAAAAAAGAAAAAAAAAUUAAUCUGCUGCAUCUGUUUCUUCUGCGCAUCAGUAGUAAUGAGAGGUGGUUCUGGGCUAGACUGUGCUUAGGGAAAACUUUAACCAAACGACUCUUUCCUGUAACAUCUCAAUGUGUUUGAUCGCUUUGCAUGCAGAAUGUGAAACUGAUCUGUAAGUUCACAUUUGAAGGCACUUUUUCUUUAGUUGUUGAAUGUUAAAAGGGUACGCUGCUGAUUCAGUUCAGCUAGUACUGUAUGUGAAAUAAGCAAUCAUUUUAAAAAUACUGCAAAAAAUGUCUGUCUCUUACUGUUAAGUCAUCUUCAUUCUGAUGUCAGUUCUGCUGCACUAGUUUGGUCUCAGAGCACCCAGUGCACAUCAGGCCAGGAUGGAGGUUUUUUGUUUUUGUUUUGUUUUUUGCUUUUCAUUCAGACUUGCUUGCUGAAUUUAUCUGGCCAUUUUUGCCAACCUGUAUGAGGCAAACUAAAACCAAGUGCACCCAAGUGCCAACUCUGUAAAAUGACAUCUACACUUUGAAAUGAUGUCAUAUUCUUUCCAUGUUUCUUUUUUUUGUUUUGUUUGUUUUUAGUUUUUUUUUUU